AUGAUCAGAGACGGGAGGCUAGCGGCAGCUGUGGCUGCGGCUAAGGCGGCAGCAGCUGAGAAGGAAGCAGCGGCAGAGAGAGCAGCAGCGGCAGAGAGAACAGCAUCGGGAGAGGAAGAGAGAACAGCAAAAGCAAGUGAAACGACGGCACAGGUCCCACCAGGAUACACCGGUGCUGCAAAUUCUAUUGCCUCUGCUGACGCAGCAGGACUGGUUAGCGAUGGACGGUUGGCGGCAGCUGUGGCGGCUGCAAAAGCAGCAGAAGCAGCCACAGCGGAGAGAGCAGCAGCAGGGGGAGAAGCAAACGAGCCGGCACAGGGAGGCCUAGGCGCCACCGGCGGUGCAGAUUUAUUGGCUUCUGCUGGAGCAGCAGGUGUUAUCAGAGAUGGACGGCUGGUGGCGGCUGUGCCUUCAGAUGGACGGUUGGCAGCAGCCGUGGCUUCUGCAAAAGCAGCAGCAGAAAUGGAGAGAGCCGUGAAAGAAGCAGCAGAGCGGAUUGGAGAUCCCAAUGCUGCUGCGGGUACCACUGCGUCUGGUGGUGCGGUGACUCCGUUGACCACGUUGACCAGCCAGGGGGCUGAAAGCAGGGCGAACAUUGGGCAAGGGAGGGCUGUGGCAGGGGAGGGGAGGACCGCGUCGCUUACGAGGUUAGAGGCGAGAAGGUACAGCGGUAGAGAGGGUGAACGAGGGGUGGAGCGUGGUGGAGAGGGGCGGAGGCGGACACGGAGCAACGUAUCUCUGAUGGACACAGGGGUGCUGCGGCUGGAGGAAGAGGUAGAGAGGGAGCUGGCGUUAAAAGUGCUGCGGCUGGAGGAGGAGGUAGAGAGGGAGCUGGCGAGGCAGGAGAAGCUGGUGGAGCUGAUUGCUGUGGCAGGCGCUGACAUGCCCACGCUGCCCGUGCAGGAGGAGCAGGACCGGGCAGAGCGGCAGCUUCAUAGAGACGUGCAUCACUGGGGGGACGAGGUGGCGCAGACACGCAAGCUGCUGCUGGAGCUGACGGUAGAGAGGGUGAACCUGGAGCGGGCGCUGGAGCAGGUGCACUGGGCCGUGGGGUCGCCUGGUGCUGUGCGCGCUGUUCACACUGCACAAAUGCAACUACGCGCAGCUGCUGCUGCUGGAGCUGACGGUGGAAAGGGUCAACCUGGAGCAGUGCUGGAGCAGGUGCACUGGGCCGUGGGGUCGCCUGGUGCCUGGGUGUGGGUGGGUGGGUGUGGGAGUGGGUGUGGGUGGGUGGGUGUGGAGGUGGGUAAGCCAAACGCAUCAGCUGCCGCUGCUGCUGGAGCUGAUCGUUUGGAGGGUCAACGUGGAGUGCUCUGGAGCAGGUGCACUGGGCUGUGGGGUUUCCAGGGGCAGUUCGUGCUGUUCACACUGCUCAGAUACUCCUAUGUGUCUGGGUUAUGGGCGGUUUAUGGGGGUGGGGGUGGAGGUGGUUGGGUGGGUGACCGCACAGAUGCAGCUAUGAGUGGGGGAAAGUGGGUGCUUGCGCUGCAGUUGACUGCGCAGAGAGAGGUUCUCAAGGAGCUGAUUCAGAACGAGAAGAAGGAGAAUGAGAAGGUGGAAGAGUUUCUGGACCAGAUCCUGAGUGACCCUGCGGUAGAUACCACCUCCCCCGAAUUCGCCUCCCUCAUCAAGGACCUUAUCCACACGCUCAGCACCAGCCCCCCUGUUCUCCCAGCUGCCACUGCUGCCAUUGGCGCCGCCUCUGCUGCUGCUUUUGCUGCCUUUGCCGCUGCUUCGGCUGCUGCCGGGAGUGCGGGCGGCGGGGGAAUAGGAGGGGUAGGGAGAGGAGGAGGUGGAGUAGGAGGAGGAGGUGGGGGGGAUUUGCACUCUGCUUCUGUUGCCCCCUCUGGUAGUGGCGGUGCUGCUUCUCGGGCGUCUAUCCUGGGGCAUAGCUAUUCUACCCUGAGUGCUAAUACCCAGGUGCAUCGGCUGAAGGACCUUAUAAAGGAUGUGACUGAUUUGAAGGGGGCGAGAGAGGGGGGGAGGCGAAGGAGAGGGGGGAGCGGGUCGUGGGAGGAGAUUGGGAAGAGGCUAGAGGCAGAAGGGGGGGGAGGGGGAGGGGGAGGGGGAGGGGGAGGGGGAGGGGAGAGUAUGGGGAGUGUGGACUGGCAGGGGCGAACAGGGUUAGAGGAUGGGAGCGAGGGUCAUACAAUGGGGGGAGGAGGCAAAGGAGGAGGCGCAAGUGGGGGCGCAGGGGGGAAGUCCCGUCUGAAAGUGCUUCAGAAGCUGAAGAAAAAGGUGAGCGGGGCAGGCGUGGGGCCGUGGGGAGGAGAGGGGGGAGCUGGAGGCGCAGGGGGAGGCGGAGGGGGCGGCGGAGGGGGAGAGGAGGCGGGAGAUGGGGAUGAGAUGCAUGGAUAUCUGCCUGGUGGAGGGGUGGUGUCGCCAAGAGGGGGAGAGGGAGGGGGUUCAGCUUGGGGUGGGAAAGCGGGAGCACAUCUUAGGACUGGCAGCAGUGGUGAUCCUGGUGCUGUGACCGGUAUUGGGUUGAGUGUUGGUGCUAGUGGCGCUGCUGCUGGUGCUGCUGCUGGUGCUGCUGGUGGGGCUGGGAACAGCAGUGGUCACCCAGGUGCUGGUUACCCGGUUACCAGCAGCACCAAGCCUUUGAGUAGGGGCAUGUCUCCGUUUAGGAACCUGGGCCGGUAUUUAUCGUCCACUGAAGCAGACCUUAAAGCCCUGGCUGAUGGUGCAGUGGGGAAAACCGGGGUUAGGAUGGUGCGUGGGCGGCGUGUUUCGGAUGUGCCCUUGCAGUCGGACCGAGAUAUCAGCAGCAGCAGCACUCACAGCAGGAAAAAGGUUCCGAGCUACCCUGGCAGAGGGGAGGUGGAAGAUGACAAGGAAGGGGGGAUGAGAAGAGGGGAAGGAAGAGACGGAAGAGGAGGAAGAGAGGGAGAGUUGGCUGAGGAAGAGGACGACUCCUUGCUGCCUCAAGCUAUAAGGGCCGCCACUCAGCCAACCCUCAAGCGCUCCUUGGCUCGCCGCGCAUCCGACACGAGACAGGACCUCAAUAACCUGGAUUUUCCUGUGCCAGGGCUUGCUGACCUGCCUCCCUACGCUGCUGCUGAGCUUGCUGAGCUUUCCAGUGGUGCGAGUGGGAGUGAGUCUCUUGUGCGAGCCCAUACAGGAAAGGAUCGGGGCAGGUCUGCGGUGGUAUCAGGGCUUGCAGCAUUGGAUUUUAAGCUUGGAGCCGCUGGGGGGAAGGGAAGGGAGGGAGGUGAAGGGGGGGAGGGAGUGAAGGGGCAGGUGGGAGGGGAAGGAAGGCAGGAGAGAAGGGCGGGAAGGCGAGGGGGAGGUGAUUCCGUCUUACAGGGAGAGGAGGGAGAGGAAAGCGAGGAGGGAGAGGAGGGAGAGGAGGGAGAGGAGGGGGACGAGGGUGAGCAAGAGGAGGAAGAGCGGGGAGAGGGUGAGGAGGAGGAGGAAGAAGAGGAAGUGAUGGAGAACAUAGCACAUGGCGCAUGCUCUCCUGGGGUGUUCUCUCGGUUCAACCGCAGCACCUCUGCCAUCCACCGCACUGCCUUCCCUGCUGCUAACACUCACGCUCCUCCUAGUGCCGACCAUGUGCGAGCGCAUGGGCAUGAGGUGAAUUUGAAAGAGGGACCUGAGGGGGUUACUCCGAGGCAGAGGAGUGGCGGCGAUGCUGCUGCUGCUGUUGCUGUUGCUGUUGCGCUCAGGUCCCGCUCCAUGCGUGAGGGUUCAAAGGGCUUUGAGGGUUUCGACCGGGCAGGGGAAUCAUCAAAGUACCAGGAUGGAUCGAUGGGUUCGUCUGACGCAGGUCAGGGCAUCACCCUUGCUCCGACCUCCCUCGUGCCCUCCAUGCUGCUUGCAAGCAGCAAGAGCCCUGAGCGCAUGCGCCCCUCUCUCUCUUUCCGCCGAGCAAAAACUCCCGAGAGACACCAUUCGUACAGCCCUACUACUCACUCCUUCUCCCCUUCCUCCUCCUCGUCCUCCUCCCGCCCUCGCUCCCCUCUGGGUAAGAUGCUGUCGUUUGCGGUCCGGCAUGCUCCGGGCAUACACGCUGGUUAUGCUCGGAACAAUUCCGAACCUGGUGGUGUUGCAGCCGGAUUCGUUCGGAACAAUUCCGAACCUGGUGAUGAGGCUCAGGAUGGCUUGUUCAGUGACCGAGCCAGGUCUGGCCUGUCCGAUGGUUCGGAGAAUGUUUUCGGCUGGGGAGGGCAGGGAGGUUCGGUGAGUUUCAGAAUAGAGGAUCAAGACGAGAGGGAAGGGGAGCAGAGAGGGCCGUUAUUUACUGGAAGAGAGGACAAGGGAACUGGAGAAGCCUCCAAGGAUCAGGACGGAAGCUGCAGGGCGGAACAGCCUAAUGUGCUUGUAUUAGAUGAUGACUAUACAGGGGAGGAAGGAGGCACAAGCCCCACUGAUGAAAAUGCAGCAGAUCUUGCUGGAGAUUCUCAAUCUGCCGCAGACCAUCGGAAGUUCCUGGCCGUUGGAUCUUUCUCCGAGAUGGUGCUGGGGGGACUGGAAGGGAGGGUAGGGGAGGGAGAGGACGGAUGGGCAAAGGCAAGGGGUGCAAAUCAGCAGGAGAUUCGGGAGGAGGAUGGAGAAUGCGAUGAGGGGGAGGGGGGGGGCGUACACCUGCGGGGACAGGAGGAAGACAUCUUUGGGUCGACUCAAGAUGGGAUGGCGUGUGAGGGGAAAGAGGAAGGGAAAGGAGAGGGGGAAGGGGAUGGCGAGAUGGAUGUAGAAGCUUUUGUUAAAGGAGAGAGUGAGGGCAGGGUGGGGUGGGAAGUGGGUGGUCGUGGAGAGGUAAUGGAGGAGGAGGAAUUUUCUAUUACGAGCGCUCUGCAGCAGCAGGAGCAGCAGCAGCAGCAGCAGUAUCUAUCAGCAAUGCUAGAAAACCUGAUCGCUGCAACCGAGGCAGAGCUUGCAGGCAAAGGAAAGAAGGAGCAGGGGAAGAAGAGCAAGGAAGGGAAGGAGAAGAAGAGUCGAGGAUUCUCCAAGCGAGGCAACAAGGAAGCUAAGGCGAGUAGCGGCGGCGGCAGCGGCGGUGGGUCUGGAUUUGAUUUCAGCUUGCUUGGAGGAUCUGUAGCUGGGGGGCCUUCUGGGGGUGGAAUGGCAGGAAGUGAUAGUGUGUGUGGUAGCAUUGGAAUUGGUGCAGCAGCAGGUUCGGCUCCGCCACGCUCUCAGCAACACCCCAAGCCCCCGCUUGGUUCGGCGCCAGGCUCGGGAGAAGCCUCGGCAGCAGCCGAACCUGGCAGCGGUGCGGCAGCGCCCAGCAGCAAUGUGUUUGUGAAGAUCGACUCGCCGGAGCAGUGGACGUCUGCUGACGUGGCAGGCUUGCGUUCGUCAUCAGGCAUGGAUUUGCCAAGCCUUUCCGGACCUGCUGCCGAGCCUAUGUCCGGGCCCGAGCUGCUAAGCCCAAGGAGGACGAAGAGCGUAGGCUCGGUAAAGGAGAAGGGGGUGGGCCUAGCUUCAGAGUUCGAUGUGGGGUCUGGUUCGGGACUGAUAGCCCCCAUUGCCAUGGGAACUACUUGUUUACGGGCAGAUGAAGGGGCAGAUCGGGCAGAGUCCUCCUCUCGCAAAUCCUUCCGGAAAUCCCUGGCCAAGUCCAUCAACCAUCUCCAAAAAACCAUCAAAAACACCUCCUCCUCCACUCGCCUCUCCUCUCUCCCUGCCACCGACUCGGCCCCCCUCUCUCUCGAGCUAGACGACUACCGAUCCCGCCCAUGUGCACUCUCAGAGGAGAUGCUGAAAUCCAUUGCGACCAUCUACCUGCACCAUGCACACCCGGCUGUGUGGGGGCUGGGGGAGGGGCAGAAACGCGCUGCCGCCCUCCUGCUCGCGUCAGAGGAGGCCCGUGCCACGUCGGAUUCAGCCCGUGCCACGUCGGAUUCAGCCCGUGUCAUGUCGGAUUCGGUCCGUGCCACGUCAGACGAGGCCCGUGGUGUGUCGGAGCAGGAGCGGGCGGGAUGGGGGGAGGAGGCGGCCAGUGGGAGAGGAGGGCCGAGUAAGGCGAAGGAGGGAGCAGAGGGAGGAGAGAAAGGAGGUAGAGGCGAGAGAUUUGGUGAUGGUGAUGAUAGCGACUCAGGCUCUAAGUCCCGGAGGGGCCUGGCUCUAGCCUCUGCUACAGCCAAGUCUGCUACAGCCAAAGCGCCCCAGUGGCUGCGGUCGGCGUUUCCCGGGGGCAAGCAGGGAGGUGGAGGGGCAGCGGACGAGAGAGGGUGGGAGGGGAUGGAAGAACCAGGUAUACCUGAGGCGGGUUCAUCUGCUGCUGCUUCUGGCGCUACUGUAGCAGACACAGGAGCAGCAGCCGCAGCGGCAUCUGUUCCAGAAGCAGGGUUUGCGGGGGAUAGACAACCGGAAGGGGUUUUUGAGGCUAACCAGAAGAGGCCGGACGGGUUUGUGGAUCCGUAUGGGGCGUUGGAGGGGCAUCCCUCCCUGCCGGUGGUGGGGGCGUACAGCAGUGCCAUGGAGGUCACUGCUGUGCCUCCUCCUGAAUCAUUCACCAGUGCUGAUGUCUUCCUGUUGUGCCGUUACCGGGGCAUGGAGGCGUCUGCCGGUGGUGGGGGCGUACAGCAGUGCCAUGGAGUGGAGAUCACUCCUGUGCCUCCUCCUGAGUCCUUUACCAGCGCCGAUGUGUUCCUUCUCUGCCGCUACAGAAUGCUAGCGGAGCAGUUGGACGAUGUGAGCCCGGCCCUGCAGUUGGACGAUGUGAGCCUGGCCCUGCAGUUGGACGAUGUGAGCCCGGCCCUGCAGUUGGACGAUGUGAGCCCGGCCCUGCAGUUGGACGAUGUGAGCCCGGCCCUGCAGUUGGACGAUGUGAGCCCGGCCCUGCAGUUGGACGAUGUGAGCCCGGCCCUGCAGUUGGACGAUGUGAGCCCGGCCCUGCAGUUGGACGAUGUGAGCCCGGCCCUGCAGUUGGACGAUGUGAGCCCGGCCCUGCAGUUGGACGAUGUGAGCCCGGCCCUGCAGUUGGACGAUGUGAGCCCGGCCCUGCAGUUGGACGAUGUGAGCCCGGCCCUGCAGUUGGACGAUGUGAGCCCGGCCCUGCAGUUGAGAAUGCUGCCGGAGCAGCUGGGCGAUGUGAGUCCGGCUCUGCUGCGUAGGAUGCUAGCGGAGCAGUUGGACGAUGUGAGCCCGGCUCUGCUCUCAGAGGACGAGCGGCUGGCCUUCUGGAUCAACCUGCACAACGCACUGCUGCUGCACGUGAGUGGCUUGCUUAUCCCUGCAUGCAUUAGUAAGACUGCUCUCAGAGGACGAGCGGCUGGCCUUCUGGAUCAACCUGCACAACGCACUGCUGCUGCACCUGAGUCUCUAGAUGUGCCCUGCAUGCAUACAUUCCUGUGGAUGGAUACCCCACAGCACAUGCCAAGCGCAUCGCACUAUUCAAUCAAACUAAAUUACCCACGUAACAAAUCACCCACAUAUCCCUCUGUAGUAUCCCUCCUUCCACUACCCAACCCCUCUCUCCCCGACGCCCUUCUCCCGUUUCAGACGUUCCUAGUGGAUGGAUACCCCACAACACAUGCCAAGCGCAUCGCGCUGCUAAAUCAGUCACACAUUGAUAUCGGGUUCUCUGUUCACUCACAACCACUCUUUAACCUCUCUCCCUCUCCUCUCUCCCUCCUCUGGUCAUCUUCUUCUCAAUCCGUUUCCCCCCCUCCAGGCCACCUACACCAUUUCGCGGCACAACCAUCAAUUCUCCAUCCUCAUCUCCCCCUCUCUCCCUUCUCUCUCUCCCUUCUCUCUCUCCCUUCUCUCUCUCCCUUCUCUCUCUCCCUUCUCUCUCUCCUGCUCUCUCCUUUGUCUCUCCCUGCUCCUGUCAUCCUCCCUUCCUGUUCACUCCAGGCCACGUUCACCAUUCGGGGCACGGCCAUCAACGCAUUUGAAAUCGAGUUCUCCAUUCUCCGAGCACAAUCUUUCCACUCCUCUCUGGUAACACUCCUCUCUGUUCUCAUGUUGCUCUUUAAAAACGCCUUGCUUUCUAUUUAUACCCACUGUGCCUCCGCUCCUCUCUGCCACCGCUCCUCUCUGCCACCGCUCCUCUCUGCCACCGCUCCUCUCUGCCACCGCUCCGCUCUGCCACCGCUCCUCUCUGUCACCGCUCCUCUCUGCCUCCGCUCCUCUCUGCCUCCGCUCCUCUCUGCCUCCGCUCCUCUCUGCCGCCGUUUCUCUCUGCACUUGUUUUGUCUCUGCGACACCAUGGCUCUCAAGGGCCGCCCCUUCCCUCCAAGUGACCACCGCCCAUCAUGGCAGCUACAUCACACCUCAGCAUCUCCCUUUUAUGCUCUGUGUAUUCCCCUCCCUCCAUACUCUCUCCCCCCUCCACCCCAUCAGGCCACGGCACUUAAAGCCACGGCUCUCAAGGUCCGUCCCUUCCCUCCAAGCGACCACCGCUCCUCCUGGGCCAUGCAGUCGCCCCACCCCAGCGUCUCCUUUGCCCUCUGCUCUGGCACCUUCUCUGCUCCCCUGCUAAAAGUAUUCUCACUGCGCACGGUGAGAGCAGAGCUGGAGGAGGCAAGGGAGGGCUUUCUUGAGCUUGCAGUUGGACUCAGUCGACUGAAAGUGUUCUCACCGCGUACAGUCAGGGCAGAGCUGGAGGAGGCAAGAGAGGGGUUCCUUGAGCUGGCAGUGGGACUCAGUCGAGACAACCGCCUCGUUCUCCCCAAAAUACUUGCCUGGUACUGCCCGGAUUUUGCUGAUUCUUUUCCAUCCUUGCUUGAGUGGGUGUUGCACCAGCUCUCCCCUGCGCCACGGUUGGCACUGGCAAGAUGGGUUGCUCUUAGAGGCAAUCCCACAUUCGCACAAUGUGUCGAGGUGGCGCCAUUUGAUUGGUCGAUCCGGUAUCUUCUUGACCCCAAAUCGCUCACAUUGAACACAGAUGGCUUGUAA